AACGUUACAGCUACGCACACACACGCCUUUUUUGCUUCCUUCCUACAAAAGCGUCGCGUAUAUAGCAAAACAAAAACAGAGAGAGAAGAGAGAAAAUUUCGCACAAUGGAUUUGAAAACGACGCCGUUGAGGUUCACACUGGGCAAGCAGUCGUCUCUGGCGCCGGAGAAUGAGCUCAACGCCGGAGACGCGGAGGAGGACGAGGUGGAGGUGAUCGAUCCACGUGUGAGGCUUAUGUACUUGGCCAAUGAAGCCGACCUGGACGGGAUCAAGGAGCUUCUGGAUUCCGGCAUCGACGUCAACUUCCGUGACAUCGAUAAUCGGACGGCGCUGCAUGUCGCCGCGUGUCAGGGCUACUCCGACGUCGUUUCGCUGCUGCUCGAGCGCGGAGCUGAGGUCGAUACUAAAGAUCGCUGGGGGAGCACCCCUCUUGCAGAUGCUAUAUACUAUAAGAACCAGGAGGUGAUCAAGCUUCUGGAGAAGCGUGGAGCAAAGCCUCUGAUGGCACCAAUGCACGUUCAGUAUGCGAGGGAAGUUCCGGAAUAUGAAAUCGAUCCCAAGGAGCUUGAUUUUACUAACAGUGUUGAAAUAACCAAGGGAACAUUUCAUUUGGCAUCUUGGCGCGGAAUAGAGGUUGCUGUGAAAAAGCUUAAGGAGGAACUGAUUGUUGAUGAGGAGAAAGUGAAGGCGUUUCGGGAUGAGCUUGCAUUGCUUCAAAAGAUACGGCAUCCAAAUGUGGUGCAAUUUCUGGGUGCAGUGACUCAAAGUAGUCCUAUGAUGAUUGUAACAGAAUACUUGCCUAAGGGAGACCUUCGUGCUUUUUUAAAAAGAAAAGGAGCAUUGAAACCAUCGACAGCUGUAAGAUUUGCACUUGAUAUUGCAAGGGGAAUGAGUUAUUUGCAUGAAAAUAAACCAGCACCAAUUAUUCAUCGUGAUCUUGAGCCUUCAAAUAUAUUGCGAGAUGAUUCUGGGACCUUAAAAGUUGCUGAUUUUGGAGUUAGCAAGUUGCUGACAGUUAAAGAAGAUAAGCCUUUGAUUUGUCAAGACGCUUCAUGUCGUUACAUAGCUCCUGAGGUUUCCAAGAAUGAAGAAUAUGAUACAAAAGUGGAUGUAUUCUCCUUUGCUUUAAUCUUACAGGAGAUGAUAGAAGGCUGCCCACCAUUCGCUGCCAAGCCAGAUAAAGAAGUUCCAAAAGUAUAUGUUGCAAAAGACCGCCCACCUUUCAGAGCUCCAAUGAAGCGUUAUGCACAUGGCCUUAAAGAGUUAAUUGAGGAGUGCUGGAAUGAGAAACCAGCUAAAAGACCAUCGUUUAGGCAAAUAAUCUUGAGGCUGGAAUCUAUUUAUAACACCAUUGGCCAUAAAAGGCGUUGGAAGGUUAGACCAUUGAAAUGCUUUGCAAAUCUAGAAGCCAUGUUGAGGAAAGAUAAUAUCAGUACGAGCAGCAGAAGCCGUUCAUCACGUUCCUCUUAUGGUAGCAUAUAACAACGGGAUCUUGUAUGGAUGUCCAAACAGCUAGCAGAUAUUACCAUUUCCAGCUUGAUAGCGGAGAGUUUGUUCACACAAGACAGUAGAAUACGGUUGUGUAACUCCUCUGAUAGUCAAUUACAAUUGAUUUCUCUCAAGAUUCUUUCUUUUUAACUCUCCCUUUGAUAAUUAACCUGGGCUGAGAACCACAUUUUGUAUAUCACAUUAUGCAUGUAAAUCAGUAAAUGCAUCUCAUGUGUAAAUCUGAGAAUAUUUACUUAUCAUCUCAUCGAAUAUGAGACUGCUGAUGUUAUUCUGAAGCAGAAU